UAAGCCCAACUUGCUGAUUCCAUCAUUAGCGCGAGAGAGCAGCUCUCCGUCUCGUUCUGCAACGGAGUGACAUUUACAGCAGUAAAUCUGGGAAUCAAAGAUCUUUCGAACACCGAACGCAAUCGGCUCUUGGAGCGUCAGCUCAAAGGAUUCCGUUCCCCGAAGUAUCUGAAACCGGUGAACAUAAAACCGCAAACCGAGUGACAUUUUCAAGAAGGAGGAAAGUCUGUUUUGUGGAGCGGAGAUAAGGGGAGCUCCGUAAAUACCACUUACAUGCACUGGACUCUGCAUUCUGGAGGCUGCUUGUAGGUGCUUGGAAAACAUCCCUGACGUUGGUUUCAACAUUUGAAAAAUAGAAUACUUCGACGUGGAUACAGAACCAUACCAAUAUGGAAUAGAAACCGACACUAUAGUUGUCUGCUUGAGAAGAGAAUAGCGGCUUUGCUGUUUAAACGCCUGAAGAAGAAUUGCUUCCAUCAACCAUAACGUAGAACCAAGCACCACAGCUACUGUAAAAUGUCUGUCCCGAACGUCCUGGCCAAGGCCCUCUAUGACAACGUGGCCGAGUCCCCAGAUGAACUCUCCUUCCGGAAGGGUGACAUCAUGACGGUGCUGGAGCGCGACACGCAGGGCCUGGACGGCUGGUGGCUGUGCUCCCUGCACGGUCGCCAGGGCAUCGUCCCCGGCAACCGCCUCAAGAUCCUGGUGGGCAUGUAUGACAAGCAGCAGCAGCCGCCUCAGCAGCAGCUUCUGGCCCCGCCCCAAAACCAGCUGUCCCUCCCCCCGCACAGCUCCUACAGCAAGCCUUCGCCCUCCUCCCAGUACACCGCCAUGCACCCCGCCUUCCCCGCCCCGGGCCCCGCCCCGGCCACCCCGGACGGCGUCUACAUGCUGCCGCCCAACCACGGCAAGCCCUCGCCCCAGAGCCUGUACCACGUCCCCACGGGCCCCCAGUACCCGCCGGGCCCCCAGAAGGCCCCCGCCCUGAUGCAGAAGCAAUCACACUACAACCCCUCCGGCCAGGACAUCUAUCAAGUGCCCCCGUCCAUGGGCACCGCCCCCGGCCAGGACAUCUACCAGGUGCCACCAGGGUCCAAGAGCUCACCGCAAGACAUCUACCAGGUUCCCCUCUCCGCUGUGGGACAGGGACCCAACCAGGACAUUUACCAGGUGCCCCCCUCCAUGAACCAAUCUCAGGACAUCUACCAGAUCCCCCCCUCCAUGGAGAAGAGGAACUGGGACUCCCCAAAACCGCCAGGAAAGGUGGUGGUGCCUACGCGUGUGGGGCAGAUGUAUGUGUACGAAACAGGGAAGAACGAGCAGGACGAGUAUGACGUCCCCCGCCACCCGCCUCCCUCCCAGGACAUAUACGACGUUCCCCCUACCAGAGCGCAGUACAACCAGCAGGUAUAUGACACGCCCCCCAUGGUGGUGAAGGGCCCUCCCAGCCGAGAUGGUGGGCAGGAUAUCUACGACACACCCCCCAGUGUGGAGAAGAACCAGUUACUCUCCCAACAAACGUCGCAGGUGUACGACUUCCCGCCGUCCGUGAGCAAGGACGUCCCCGACCUGCCGCCGCGGGAGGAGACGUACGACGUGCCGCCGCACUUCGCCAAGCUGAAGAAAGGCCCGGAAGGCCAGCCCUUCCAGGAGGCCAUCCUGGAAGACGUCUACGACGUCCCUCCGCCGCCGCUGACGGGCAAGCGGCGCCCGGAAGGCCCCGCCCCCUUCGGCCAGGAGAUCUACGACAUCCCGGCCAGCCUGCGCAAGGGCGGCGUGUCGGAGCGGCCGCAGGACGUGUACGACUUCCCCCGCGAGAGGCCGGCGGGGGGCGACGACGGGGGCGACUACGUCUACGACGUCCCCCCCCAGGUGGUGCGCGACCCCGCCUCGGAGGACCUGGCCGUCAGCUUCAAGCGCCUGUCGGCCUCCAGCACGGGCAGCAACCGCAGCAACCUCUCCAGCUCCUCCCUGGACCUGGUGCCCGUCAAGGAGCCCUCCUCCUCCUCCUCCGCCUCCACCUCCUCCUCGUCCGCCGCCUCCUCGCUGGGCGGGAGGCUGAACCUGGACCUGGACCAGGCCAUGGAGCGGCUGGUGAGGCUCCAGCAGGGCGUGGAGGGCUCCGUGUCCCUCCUCAUGAGCUUCGUCAGCGGGGGCUGGCGGACCCCCGAGCAGCUGGAGGCCAACCUCCCCGCCAUCCGGCAGGCGGCCGAGCGGGUGAAGGGCGCCGUGCGCGACCUGCUGGACUUCGCCCGCGGGGCGGUGGCCAACUCCGCCCAGGCCACGGACCGCACCCUGCAGGCCAAGCUGGGCCGGCAGGUGGCGAAGAUGGAGGAGGGCUACCAGGGCCUGCUGCGCCACAGCCAGGCGCUGGACGGGGCGGGCUGGGCCCCCGGGGCCCUGCUGGGGCCCUGUCCCGGCGGCGACGAUCUGGACCGGCUGGUGAUGUGCGCGCGGGGCGUGCCCGACGACACCAAGCAGCUGGCCUCCUUCCUCCACGGCAACGCCUCCCUGCUCUUCAAACGGACCAAGCAGCAGCUGCCGCUCCCGCCGGUCCCCGGCGACCAGCCCGCCAACAACAACAACGGCCCCGCCUACCAGUCGGCCGGGCCCGAGAGGGGCAACAUCCAGUCCCGCCCGCUGCCGUCCCCGCCCAAGUUUACUGCCGAGGAGGAGUCCCCCGACAGACCGUAUGAGACCACUGAGGAAGGCUGGAUGGAGGACUAUGACUACGUGCAUUUACAGGGGAAAGAGGAGUUUGAGAAAAACCAGAAGCAGCUGUUAGAAAAAGGGAACAUUAUGCGUCAGAACAAAACUCAGCUGGAGCAGCAGCAGCUGAAGCAGUUUGAGCGUCUGGAGCAGGAAGUGUCCCGACCAAUCAACAACGACCUCUCGAACUGGACCCCGCCCUCGCACCACACCGCCUCCCGGGGCAAGCUGAGCGCGGGCGACCGGCAGCUGCUCCUGUUCUACUCGGAGCAGUGCGAGUCCAACAUCACCACGCUGACCAACGCCGUGGACGCCUUCUACUCCUCCAUCAACAACAACCAGCCGCCCAAGAUCUUCGUGGCGCACAGCAAGUUCGUCAUCCUCAGCGCGCACAAGCUGGUGUUCAUCGGCGACACGCUGUCGCGGCAGGCCAAGUCGCCGGAGGUGCGGGCGCGCGUGGCCCAGCACAGCAACGCACUCUGCGACAAGCUCAAGGACAUCGUGGUGAGCACCAAGACGGCCGCGCUGCAGUACCCCUCGCCCGGCGCGGCCCGGGACAUGAUCGAAAGGGUGCGGGAGCUGGCCAACUGCACGCAGCAGCUACGCUCGGCGCUGGGGCAGCUGGCGGCCAUGUGAGCGUGGGCGGGGGGAGGGGAGGGGGGGGAGGGGCAGGGGCGGGGGAGGGGCAGGCGGAGGGACGUCAGCCGCGACGUCGCCCCAAACGCCGCGCGCGCCCAACCUCGUCUCCACGGGCGGGACGCGCCGACCUCCCCGCCUCCGACCCUUUCCCGUUCACCACCUUCCUCGUGCUUUUGACUGUUUACCCCCACCCCCACCCCUCCACAGAAACUGUGGACAAAUUUAUGAGACUGGGCAGGGCCAUCGGUUGUAAAUUAAUCAUUGUAAAUAUUUAAAGUUGCUACUAGUGGAGGAGGAUUAAUAAAAAAAUAAGGUGAAAAAAGAAUGAACUAUACAACAUGUUUUUGAAGAUACAAUGAAAAAAGGCAAACAGUAGUUUUUAGACCGUAUUGAUUAUUAUUAUUAUUGUUAUUACUAUUGUCACUAUUAUUGCUAUACUGUAAUUAUAUUACGAUAAUUAUGAUUGUUCUUAUUAGAGGAAAUGAAAUUAAGGGUGUUUAAAAUUCAAACAAAUGUAGAAGUACUUAAUCCUGUUUUUGUUCUUGGAUGAUUUAUGGGGUUAAAAAAAGUUUUUUUUUUUUUUUUUAAAUGUUCUGUGGAGACGUGGAAGAGGAGACAGAAAAGUUCAGUGUGUGUUUCUCCCUGCUGUUGGAGGGAUGGAGGGGCGGAGGAGUGGGGGUGUGGGGAGGUGCUGGGACCGUGCGUGCCGGCGGGCAAUUAAUCGCUUCUCCAGGCUUUCCUCCGUCGUGGGACAGGUUUAAUUUGAAGAGGUCUGCGUGCUAAUUAAAAGCCCCCAAUUAAGCAGCUUGACUCAGUUAAUAGCGUCUCCGCUCCGCCGUUGGGAUUGGGGGGGGGGGGGGGUAUGUGGGAUGUUGGAGGUCUGAAAGUCAGACCCGACAUGGGACGGCUACGGAAGAAGUCAGAGGUUUUGGAGAAGCGAUGACGAGGCCGUUUUGUACUCGAGGCCGCUGAGAGGACGAGCGUUCCCCGGGGAACCGCGUCGGCGUUUCCGCGCCUCGCUUCGCGCGUGGCGACGCCCGAUCGUACCCGCCUCCGCUCGGGCUCGCUCCCGAUCCCUCCGCCUCCCUUCCGGGCGCCCCGCGUGACGCGCUGCGUCUCCCGUGUGCCCCGGCGCAUUCUCUGGACGAGCCCCGCGCCUGCCGCAACACUGGCGUGCUACUGAGGGUUCCAGAACUCUCCUGUGAUUCGAGCCCCUGCUGACAGGCUCGAACGUCUGUCCCUGUGGUGAUGUGGAACUUCGGGGCUGCGCGGAUUCCGCUGAGAACUUGCUCUGUGGAGACAGGCCGGAAAAACACCUCGCUCCCAUUUCCAAGCUCCUUCUGGACAGCAGUGGCGCCCCCUGCAGGCCGGGGGGUUCUGCCUCUGUGGUAUGUGAAGCCCAUAUGUGUUGGCACACAGUUUCAAGAGAAAAAAAAAAGAAAGAAAAUGGCACCACGAGUCACUACGGGCUACCAGGAGUCUUUUUUUCUUUUUGCAGCAAUGUGGAAACGUUACAAUGUUACAAAAUGUUUUGCAAGCGUUGUGCAUUGGCUGGGUAUGGUGGUGGUCCUGUUCACCGGUUGUUUGUCUGUUCUGAAGGCUUGCAUGACGUCUCCAUUUUCCAGAAAAGGUAAAAAAGGACACAUAUCUGUCGUGUUUUUUUGUUUUAAAUCCGACAUCGAAAACACGGUUGAUGUUCUAAGUUUUGGGAUGUGUCAGCGAAAAGUAAUUCAUUGAAAUCAAUAGUGUGGGAAGGAAAUGCAACAUGUUGUUGUGUGUAUGGUAUAAAGCCAAUCCAUUUGGAAAGUGUACAUUAAAAAAAAACAAAAAAAACAAGAAAAAGCCUACUGGUAUUUGUUGUACUGGUAUUCUGUUCUCAAAUCUGUGUUUUAAGAUUUGAAAGAUGUUAAGAAAUACAUUAAGGACAUACUGUACAUUGCCUAACUGGAAAAUAUAUGUUUAAUAUAUUUUCAUUAAAAAAAUAAACUAUGUAAACAGA